AUGAUUUCGUCUAGGAUGCAUGAUUCCCGAACAUCUAAUUCUCACCUUUCGGGCUCUAGACUAUCUACCCCUAACAAUUCAACUUCUCAAUAUUUUAAUGAUCAAGGAUCGGUUUCGCCGUGUUAUUCAACAUCUGUAUCAAAUUUUAAUAACACUGAGUCACACAACAUUAUUUGUGCCGUCAGUGAAGCUCGUGGAAUAUCCCCAACUGUCGGGAUGGCAUUUGUGAAUACAACUACAGGUGAGGCAGUUCUGUCUCAGAUCUGUGAUAAUCAAUUCUACGUCAGGACUCUAAAUAAGCUCGAAAUCUUUCAGCCCUCAGAGAUCCUAAUCGUUUCAACUCGUGGUCCCCCAAAUCCAAAGUCAAAAAUGUACAUGGUCAUCGAAGAGAACAUUAGAAGGACUAAAAUUACUACUUUGGAGCGUAAAUAUUGGUCAGAAACAUUAGGACUAGAGAACAUACAGCAGCUUGCAUUUAAAGAAGAUGUUGAGGCAAUAAAGACUGCAAUUGGUACCAAUUACUUUGCAACUUGUUGUUUCGCUGCGGCAAUAAAAUACAUUGAGCUAGGAUUAUCUCUCAAAUUUUCUCCACACACUCUUCGAGUGAGGUACCAGACUUCUGAAGGUUCAAUGAUGAUUGAUCCUUCAACUGUUAAAUCACUUGAGUUGAUCCAAAAUAUGCGCACAUCACAGUCUAAGGACUGCUUAUUUGGACUCAUGAAUGAGACACUGACACCUAUGGGCUCUAGACUCUUAAAAAGCAAUAUAUUACAGCCAUCGACCCAAGUAGAUGUAAUAAAUCAACGUUAUCAAGCCCUCAAAGAGCUAAUCACAAAUGAAGAUGUACUUAUGGGAAUUGGGCAAGUCCUCAAGCUUAUUUAUGAUAUUGAAAAGCUAUUAAGUAGUGCAAGUCAGAAAAUUAAUGUCAAAAAGCUAGCUAAUAAUUUAUCUAUAAAUCAAAUCUUAAUGCUGAAGAGUUUUGUUAAUGUCAUUCCAAAAGUUUCUGACGCUCUUGGAGAAUUCAAAUCUUCUCUUCUAUCAACCAUAAGAGUUAACUGUUGUGCUGAGAAUGUGGUGCAUAUAAGACAGCUAAUUGAAGAGGUCAUCAAUGAGGACGUCUCGUAUCAAAAAACUCCACUUGAUUUACGGAAUCAGAGAACAUACGCUGUGAAGUAUGGAGUCAGUGGACUUCUCGACGUGGCUCGUCAAACUUUCAAAGAAGCCACCGAGGAUGUGCACCAAUAUAUUAAAGAUCUCAAUCAGAAUCAUAAAAUGAAUGCAGAGACUCGAUUUGAUAAAUGUCGCCGCUAUUAUCUUAGGGUCUCUGAAACUGAUUUCGAAGGCAAAAUACUUCCCGAAGUUUUGGUCAAUUGCUUUCGAAAAAAAGGAUAUAUCGAGUGCCAGACUCUAGAUCUCAUGAAGUUUAAUCAGAGGAUCGAGGAUUCUCAUCAGGAGGUUAUUCUAAUGAGUGACAAGACAAUUCAACAACUGAUUGAUAAUAUUCGGGGAGAAAUUCCACUUCUAUUUCGGAUUAGCGAAAGCAUUGCAAUGCUAGACAUGUUAGUAGCAUUUGGCCAAGUGGCAAUUACAAAUGACUACAUCCAGCCAGAAAUUACAGAUUGCAUUGCAAUAAAGUCUGCCCGUCAUCCAAUAAGGGAAAAGGUCCAUCCAGAAAAAUUUGUUCCUAAUGAUAUUUAUGCAAGCUCAGAUAAGAGAUUUCAAAUAAUCACGGGGUGCAAUAUGAGUGGUAAAAGUACAUAUAUCAGAUCAAUUGCCCUUAUGUCUAUUAUGGCUCAAAUGGGGAGCUUUGUGUCUGCAUCUUAUGCAUCAUUUCCGAUAAUUAAGCAAUUAUUUGCUCGAAUCUCUGUUGACGAUAGCUUUGAGGCUAAUAUUUCAACAUUUGCUUCGGAAAUGAGGGAGACAGCAUUUAUCCUGAGGCAAGCUUUUACUGAUUCUAGUUUUAUCAGAAAUAUUGACAAAGAUAGCUUAGUAAUUUUCGAUGAGCUUGGUAGAGGAACUAGUAGUCGAGAUGGUCUUGCUAUUGCAAUUAGUAUUUCUGAAACCCUUAUCCAAAGUGGGGCAUUUAUCUGGUUCGCAACUCAUUUUCGAGAACUUGCACAGGUACUGUCAGAGCGCCCAGGAGUUGUUAACUUGCAUCUUGUUGUUGAUCUGAGUGAGGAAAAUGCCAUGAAAAUGCUAUACAAAAUUGGAGAAGGGUAUGUCAAAGAAGAACACUACGGUAUUGCGCUUGCAAGAGUGGCAAAUCUACCACCCAUUGUGUUAGAAGUGGCGGAACAAGUUUCAAAGGCUUUGGAUCUUCAAGUUUCGGCAAAGAAAAAAUCAUCGGUAGCCUUUGCAGUUGCCAGAAGACGAAAACUGGUGCUUGGAUUGAGGGAGACAUUAAAACAAGCAGAAAACAGCCCGAUGCGGGGCAAAAUCUUAGUCGACUGGCUAAAAAGGCUCCAAGAAGAAUUUGUGUAUCGCAUGGAUAAAAUUAAAGGCGAUAUUGCUGUCUCAAGCAGUAAUAAUUCUAGCGAGAUAUCUGCUCUUGCUGAGAAUAAACUUACUGUAGGCGAGACAGAGAAUUGUCAAUAA